AUGCCGUUUCCCGUGUGUGUAUACGGGAGGGGGCUGGUGGCGGCAUUUUUGACUCUCAUCACCGUCGUUACCGUCUCCAGCGCCGCCGAUGCCGGUCCCUCCCAGCCUCCCAACAUCGUGCUGAUCGUGGCCGACGACCUGGGCUGGAACGACGUGCCAUGGCACAACUCGCUGGUGCGCGCGCCGACGCUGGCGCGGCUGGCGGCCGACGGAGUCACGCUCGAGCAGGCGUACGUGCAGCCCAUCUGCACGCCGUCUCGGUCCGCGCUGCUCACGGGGAGGUACCCGUUCACCUUGGGCCGGCAGCAUGACGUGCUCUGGCCGCUGCAGCCCACCGGACUGACCCUGGACACGCCGCUGCUCUCGGAGAAACUCCGCUCCGCCGGCUACCGCGCACACGCCGUCGGUAAGUGGCACCUGGGCUUCUGCCGGCGGGCGUACACGCCCACAGAGCGCGGCUUCCAGUCGUUCCUGGGCUUCUGGACGGGCUCGGAGAACUACUACACACACUGGCGCGGCCUGGACGAGGGCGGCAGUGGCCUCGACUUUCGGCGCAACAUGAGCGUAGCGCGCGAGUUCGAGGGCCGCUACUCGUCGGAGGUGUUCGCCGCAGAGGCGGAGCGGGUGAUCGAGACGCACCCGGCCGACCGGCCGCUGUUCCUCUAUCUCGCCUUCCAGAGCGUGCACGCGCCGCUGCAGGUGCCGCGCCGCUACUGGGACCUGUACCCGGGCGUGCGCGACAAGAGCCGGCGCACCUUCCUCGGCAUGGUCUCGGCGCUGGACGACGCCGUACAGCGCGUGGAGAGCGCCCUGCGCGCCGCCGGGCUCUACGACAACACGGUCAUCAUCUUCACCGCAGACAAUGGCGGUCAGGUGCUGGCCGGAGGGAACAACUACCCGCUGCGCGGUAACAAGGUCACCCUGUGGGAGGGCGGCACGCGCGCCGCCUCGUUCGUCCACUCGCCGCUGCUGGAGCGGCCGCGCCGUGCCAGCCGUGCGCUGAUCCACGUCACCGACUGGUUCCCGACCGUGCUGCGGCUGGCCGGUGCGCCCCAGCCCACCCCGGAGGACCGGCUGGACGGUGUGGACCAGUGGGACGCCAUCUCGCGCGGCGAGCCGAGCACGCGCUCCGAGGUCGUCUACAACAUCGACGUCGAGAAGAAACCGGGCGCGGCGAUCCGCGUCGGCGACUUCAAGUUGAUCUGGGGCUAUCCGGGCAGCAAGAACGACUGGUACCCGGAGCCGGGCAUCACCGAACUGUGGCCGCUGGUGCCGACCGAGCUGGCGCCGGCCCGCUACACAGAGGUCGGCGAGCACCGCUGGUCCGGCAGCAACACCACCUGGCUGUUCGACUUGGCCUCGGACCCGACCGAGCACGUCAACCUGGCCGCGCAGCGACCGGCGCUGGUGGCCGAGCUGAAACACCGUCUGCUGCGGCACCGACGUCGGCUGGUGCCGGCCGACUGCCCGCCCGAUGACCCGCGCGGCAGCCCAGAUAACUUUGGUCACGUUUUUGCCACCGGCUGGUGUGAGCCAGGCGUACCGGCGAAGACCCAGUUGGACAGCUUUUAUAAUUUCCUUGUCUGA